AUGAAAGCGAAAACAAGAACUGUUAAAACAUAUCCACUUCGGGACAAAAAAGAAAAAGAUGCAAAAGAAGCGAAGGCAGAAAGAAAAACAAAGAAGGAAAAUGCUGCGGUGAAAUCCAACAUCAAUGGUAAGAAUGGCCUUGAUCUUGACGACAAAGGUAAAGGAUUACAGUUAAGCGGUCCAAAGGUAAAGCAACCCAAAUCAGAACAAGGAUCGGGGAAAAAAGACUUAGAGAGUUACAGUGAAAAAAGUCCGCUUAUUCCGAAUGCGCAGAAAAAACAGUAUACGCUUGAGGUCGGUGACAUCCCAGAAAAAGACGCCACAGGCGGAAAUGGCGUAGGGGUUAGUUAUAGUAAUCCUGCAUUUACUGGACCAACAAGAAAAUCGUCGAAUGGAAAAGUUGACGCUAAACAGAAAAAGGAGUUAGAUGCAUUGAAGGAAGACUUUUUUGAACUUCUCGAUAGCAAUGAGGACAUUACAACAUCAACAGAAUGGAAGGCUGCAGAAGAAGUUGUAAAAGAAGAUCCCCGGUAUAAACGAGUUAGCAAAACUGAUGACGAGAUGGCAAAAUUGUGGUAUAAAGAAUACAUUGACGAGAAACAAAAGAAAGAUUUCCUUAGCUUGUUAGAGGAAAAGGCAAGGAAAAUAAAAGAAUGGGAAAGAGCGAAAUGGAAGAUAGACCAUGAUCCACGAUAUGUAGUUGUUGAAUAUACUAAACGUGAGAAAUGGUUUCAGGAGUACCGAUGGAGAAAAUGUAUAUUCAAUAGGAUCAAGUGGUCAAGUAACGUUCGCUCUGUCAACUUUGUAUGCUUCAUGACGUUAGCAGUUUUGUAUUGUCUGUUUGUCACAUGUUUCUAUUGUGUAUGGAGUUCAGACAUCCAGUGAAUACUUCCAAGGACCAGUCUGGAUUCUCGUGGAAUAGAGACAAAAAGAAAAGACAGUUGUACAUACUUGUAUUAAAUACACAAAUUAUGCAGGGUAUUUUACUGUAGAAUUUCAAUAUAUGAGCUGCGCCAUGUGACAACCAAUAUAGUGCGUUUGCGACCAGCAUGGAUCCAGACCAGCCUGCGCAUUCGCGCAGUCU